UUCAAAAAUUGUACGUCUCACAAACCGUUGCAAAGCAAGCAGUGGCGUCGUCUAUAAUACUACUGUGCCAAAAAGAAAGCAACCGAGAAACGAAAAGAAAGAAAAAAUAGACAACGCAACGAAGCGCAGCACUGACAACAACAGCAGCAGCAAUAGCAGCAUCGUCACCACCACCAACAACAACAACAAGUCAGCUGAAUAAUAAUAAUACUCCGAGAGUGUACUCCAAAACUCUGCAGCCAACUUCAAGCCCCAUUGCAUUGUAGCUGUAACUGUUAGUUACAGUUACCCCUUCCCGUUUUUUGUUGUUUGUUGUCCGUCGUCGUUUCUUUUUCGUUGGCAGUUUGUGCAGCAGCAGGCUCUGAAUGUCUUUAUGCUUUAAUCAUGGUGUAUUUUGCCACCAACAAGAACAACACCGACACUAUACGCUGCUAUAUUAGAAUCUUUCUGAUAACAAAUCAUGACAGAAGGACAUGAAAGCGACUUCUUAGUUACAGUACGCGCGCAGGUAAUGACCAGAGACGAGAGCACCGAGGGCUGGUUACCGCUGGCCGGGGGUGGUCUAGCAAAUGUUUCGAUACGCAAACGUGCUAGAUUAUCCCCAUUGGCAUCGGGUCAUGACUACAUCAUCUAUGGGCAAAGAAUCUCCGAUCAAAGUGUGAUUUUAAGCUGUAUCAUCAAUCGUGAUUUGAAGUAUUACAAAGUAAUGCCAACAUUUCAUCAUUGGCGCGCCGGAAAGCAGCGCAAUGGUUUAACUUUUCAAACGGCAGCCGAUGCGCGCGCCUUUGACAAGGGUGUCCUGCGCGCCUAUAAUGAACUAAUUGAUGGACUGGCCAAAUCAAAUCCCACUAUAAUAUGCCCACCAUUAACCAAAUAUGAUUCGGUUGGUGAAGAUGAUGUUUUCAUGACCCUGGACUUACCUGUGGAAAGCGAAAGUUUACAAAAGAUACAUUCAAGCCCCGAAGGCAGCGAAAAAAGUCAUAAAAGCAACAGCGAUCGCAACAAGGAUAGCUACAGCAACAAUUCCGAUUCGGAGAAACUACCAGCGGCGACCAUACACUACAUAUCGACGGACAAAACAUCAACGGUGGCGGGCGGUUCAACGGAUGGUGGUGGAUCCCCGGCACCGCCGCCAUCUGGUCAAAUAGCGCCCAGCGAGAACUAUUCGUAUGUGACGCUGACAGCGGUGCACCAUGACUAUAACUAUCCGGUUGUGGAGCAGCCAGUUGGCGCACAGGUGCUGAAUGCCCGUCGCGAGUCAAUCAGUGCCCUGAAAAAGCGUAAUGCGCUGGAGGCGGCACAGCAAAUGGCCGCGGCCCAGUCGUCGGGGACAACAUCAGCGAAUAAGCCAUUGAAUAAGCCAAAUGUAUCAGACAUACUCAAAAAGGAAACGCGUCUGCGUUGUCGCUAUUGUCACGAGCUAUACAGCGAGGAUUUCAAUCGACGUGGCGCCUGCGAAUAUGCGCCAGAUCCGUUUCGCAGUGGCUACGAGUGUAUUUCCGGUCUGGGCUGUGCCCGCUGCAUGAUCUAUCACUGCAUGAGCGAUGCGGAGGGCGAAACGGCGCAGCAUCCGUGCGAUUGCAGUGUCGGUGAGGCGGGCUGCACCAAGCGCUGGCUGGGCCUGGCGCUGCUGUCCCUGUUCGUGCCGUGCCUGUGGUGUUAUCCGCCGCUGCGUGCAUGCCAUUGGAUGGGCGUACAUUGCGGCAUUUGUGGCGGGCGCCAUAAACCGCAUGUCUGACAUUUGGAGGCUAGAUUGCAAGGACAGUACGAUGACGACCCCAGCACCAGGCCCAGAAACGAGCACCACCAUUCGCACCAGCAACACCACCACCAACAAUCCGACGAGCACAGCCACAACAAUUACAACUACAAGAGCCAGCUGCUGCGACUGAAACAGCGCCAGUCGCAGUCACAGCCGCAGCCCCAAAGGCAUUUCUAUAAUUGGGAACUAUCACACAGUCUCGGGGCGCCACAGCAGGAGCCGCCGCAGCCGCUGUAUCUGAUGCAGCCGCGCAGCAGCAAGGCCGCCCAGAAUGACUACGGACGUCUAAUGUUCUAAGAGAACUUUUCCGAUGGCAAAAACAACAACAAGAAGAUCGUUUUUGUCAUUAACUGUUGUCCCAUCUUAGUUAUUUAGUUGCCAGUUUGGUUUUCUUAUCGUUUAUUUGUAACUCCAUUUGAAUUGCCAUAUUUUUUGUAUAUACAUCAGUAGAGCAGAUCAACCGCACUUACACGUACAUAAUACAUCCAUACAUACGUUAAACAAAAAUACAUCAUUUUUAUAAUAGUAAUUUAUUUUUAGUGCUGUCACUUAAUUAUACUUUUGUAAAAACCGGGCUAUUUGUUUAUCUUUUUUAUAUUGUAUACAUAUAUAUAUAUAUAUAUUUAUAUACGUAUAUUUAUAUAUAUAUAUAAUUAAAAUACGUACCAUAUUUAUAAUG